AUGGUGAUGCACUGCGACAACAUCAUGACCGCCUCAAGGAUGUGUGGCCAAGGUAUUUCUAUGUUUUUCAGCGCAGCAGCAAAUUUGGUCAGAGGAACUGGUCAAUUGUACGACUUCUGUGUCUUGAAAGCCUUCAACUCGGCGCAGGUUGAUCAGCGUUGGCAGUGGAAGAAAGGCCUCGUGACCCGCCGGCUGCAGGAAGACGAGCUGCGGCGAGCAGAUCCCGUUGAGUUCUUUGAAGGACUUUACAAGAACGUGAGUGGCUACAAAAUGGAUUUGAAGAAGGGAAUCAGAGGUGACAAG